UGGCCGCCACGAGCUGUCGGCGUCGCACGUAACGCCAUGUUUCGCGCAGUGUCAGUCGGCUGGAAGAAAUAUUGGUGGGGAACAGGAGUCUUGCCCGACAGAGGAAACCGAGUCGAAGACAUUUAUCUGCGCUAUUACAACGGAAGUUCGUCGCAAGAAUACAUAGACAUACCACUGACCCAAGCGGCCGACUUAUUCGACGUCAAAGGCUUCGACAAAAGUAAAGCUACUGUUCUCUACAUCCAUGGCUUCAUCGAGACGGCACAUCAGGAAAGUAUUCAGGUCAUGGUGAACGCAUACCUGGAGGCGAAACCGAACACCAACGUACUGCUCUUGGACUGGUCCAACAUGGCGCACGGCUCGUAUUUAGUUAACGCAGCUAGAAACACCAAAAAGGUGGGAGCCACAACUGCUGAAUACUUAAACAAAUUAUUUGAGGCCGGACUUCAGUUGGACAAACUUCAUUUAAUAGGCCACUCACUUGGCAGCCAUGUGGCUGGGUAUACAGCGCGUGAACUCAAAAACAAAUUUAAUAAAACUGUUAAAAGAUUAACAGCAUUGGACCCGGCGUUCCCCGCGUUCUACCCGGACGGCGUGGUGAUGGAGCACGUGUGCGAGCGAGACGCGGAGUUCGUGGACGUGAUCCACACGGACGCGGGCGGCUACGGCGCACCCGUGCGCACCGGCACCGCUGACUUCUGGCCCAACGGCGGCCGCCGCACACAGCCCGGCUGCCCCCGAUUUGCGCCUGUGCCACUCUCCGAUGAUAAUUUAUGCAGCCACUGGCGUUCGUGGAGGUUCUACGCGGAGUCUGUGCGGAACCCCGAGGCAUUCCCCGCCUCACCCGCGGACUCCUACCAGAAGUUCAAAGAGAACACCAAGCCUGAAGUGGGCAUGGUCUACAUGGGUGUAGACUGUGAUCUAAGAGCAAAAGGUUCAUACUACUUAACAACGAACGCAUCGGAACCAUUUGGUAAAGGCAUGGAAGGGUUAUAUCGCAAGAACAAUAAGAAGAAAUAAAUGUUUAUGCAACGUUUCAAGCGGUUAUAUAAAUGUGAGAUGGUGACAUGAGGGAGAGCCACGGGAAACGUUUUAUGACAUAAUAUAGAUAUUAUGUACGUUGAAGUUAUGAAUAUUUCACUAAUGAGACGUACCUUUGAAAUAUUUAUUUUGCACUGCCGCCCUCAUAAAACUGAUCUUAUAAAUGUUUAAAUACGAGUAAAAUCAAAUCCGAUGUCUAUUAAACUUUAAUGUACAUUAUAGACGCCGUACUAAAACUUAAAUUGAUCUUAAAAAUGCUACGUACAGUUGUAAUAAUGUUGAACUACAAAUAAAACACCGCGCGCCGUUAGACAACGUGUCAGCUGAAUCACAUCGAAUAUAAAAUACUCAUAAUUUCAAUAACAUUUCCGAGUAAGAAAAGACUGUGUUCUUUUAUUACCUUGUGUAAUUGUAGUCACACACUAUGUUAAAUGGAACAUUUUCGCUGAUUUCAAUGAUUACUGAUUCAAUGAUUAUUGCAAAUAAAAGCAUUUACA